ACAUGGCGGCGCCCAUUAGCAAACAUUGUAUUUCCGUUUCUAGAAAAGUGGGAAGUUUUCUGUUUAAUUCCGUGUUUAUUACCCAAGCGGCGCAGUGCGCCAACAAAAUGGACUCGGAGAGACCCACUAAGCUGGAGUUUGCGGUGCAGAUGACAUGUGAAAGCUGCGCGGAGAAAGUCAGAGCUGCUCUGGAGGGCAAAGCAGGUGUGAAGUCAGUCAGUGUUGAUGUCAGUAAGGAGCAGGUGCUGGUGGAAUCUGCUCUGACCAGUGCAGAAGUGCAGGCCCUGAUAGAGAGCACCGGACGGAGGGCUGUGCUGAAGGGCAUCGGAGGAUCAGAGCAAGAUCUGGGUGCAGCAGUGGCCAUGUUAGCCGGCGUGGGAUCGAUUCAGGGGGUGGUGCGUUUCCUGCAGCUGUCUGAGGACCGUUGCCUGAUUGAUGGGACCGUUGAUGGGCUGGAGCCCGGACCCCACGGCCUCCACGUUCACACGCUGGGGGAUCUCACACUGGACUGCCUCAGUUGUGGAGAGCACUAUAACCCCUUUGGGAGACAACACGGCGGUCCAGAGGACCCUGAAAGGCAUGUAGGUGAUCUGGGAAAUAUCAUCGCUGGACCAGAUGGGAGAGCCUCAUUUAGACUAGAGGACAGUCAGCUUAAGGUAUGGGAUGUGAUUGGUCGAUCCAUGGUUGUGGAUGCAGGGGAGGACGACCUGGGUCGAGGCGGUCACCCUCUCUCCAAACAGACUGGAAACUCUGGUGAAAGACUGGCCUGUGGGAUCAUCGCCCGGUCGGCGGGCCUUUUCCAAAAUCCCAAACAGAUUUGUGCCUGUGACGGCGUCACGCUGUGGGAGGAGAGAGACCGGCCAAUAGCCGGGACAGGUCGAAGCAAGACAAACCCAGAAACACUGGCAGCGCACCUGUAAUCCUCGGAAACAGACUCUGAUGGGAGUUUGAAUGGGAGGAGGAAGAGUGUCUCAGAGAGAAAUGGACAUGACGUUUCUCAGCGGGGGGGUCGGAGCUGAAGCGAGGAAGACCUGAAGUCCUGAAGAUAGCCGCACUGAUGACCAAACAGAAAUCAAUGGCCUUAGCUGUAUGAAAAUGUUCUUUGUGAUAUAAUCAAACACUCUUGGAGUUGUUCUCAUUGUUCUCUGAGGGGUUUAAAUGCAUUGAAGUUGCCUCAUUAGUAAGAUGUCCGUUAUUAGUGUUCUCAGCUAAAGAUUUAGUAUAUGAGUUACCCACACAGCUGCUAGCACACACAAAAGCAUCAAUUAAUUAUUAUAAACCUCCCUAAAGGACAAGAGGUUUAAACAUAUUUUGGGGGUGCAUGUUAUCUCCACAUAAGAGUUUUAUGACGCACAAAUAAUAUUAAAACUGAUGUGAUGCUGAAGAUUAUUCUGAUUGCUCAUGAAUAGUAGCUUUUUUUUUUUUUUUUUUUUUUUUUUUAAGGUGAGUGCACAGCUGGUGGUUGGAAAACCAGAUCAAAUCUUGAAAUUCCAGGAUCUAAGAUGUAGAUGUGUUUUUAUUUUUGAAAAUGUUUGUCCGGAUCUGAGGAAGACGUGAAAACCAUCCGUCCCUCCCUCGGUCUGUUCGCCUUAAAUCCGUAAGGUGGUGUGAGCGACUCGGUAGGAGAGUUUAAGGUGCCGUUUACACGAGACCGUUUUCAUUUUGAAACGGUGUCGUUUUGAUGCGUUUCGGCCUUGCGUUUACACGAC